GAAUACACUAGAAUGCCUAUAUAAUCUAGAAAAAUCUUCUCCUUACAUGCCUAUUUUGGGAACUGAAAGGUGCAUACUUCUCAAAAAUCAGAUUGAGCAAAUUCAUGGAGAGACAACAAACUCCAAUAUUCCAACUGGAUCUUCCUUCACAAUGGGUAGACCUUUUGCUUGCCGAGAUGACUUUGAAUAAGCUGAUCGACAGGAAGAAAGCUGCUAAAAGAGAGACAGCUCAAUUGCUAUCUGAACUAUGCAUGGCCAAUGAUAAAGCAAAACAGUUGGCUUUCCAGAUCGAGGAAGCUAAGGCCAGAGCGAUGGCUUGCCAACGAGAGCUUUCGCUGACUUCUCCUCUGGGUACUGAUGAUGCCCCACAGAUUCUAAGAGAAGUGGAUGGUGUCAAACAGAAAAUCAGCAGUAUCAAACUUGACAUGGCUUCAGCUUCAGUGCAAAGAGAGAGAGCACAGAUACAGAUUCAACUUAUAGACAGCGAGUGCAAAUCGUAUUCAGAUUACAGCGAAGGGUUGAGAAGGGAGAUAGAAGCAACGAACAUAGAAAAAGAAUUCGUUGAUUUAGAUAGAAGUGAGGUUGAGAGAGAGAUCGAACAAAUCAAAGCUAGCCAUGAUACAGAAGCUGCAAAUUUCAGUGAAAGAAUGGAAAAUACCAAGUCCAGAAUUGUACAACUCCAGAAAGAGAUUAGCGCGGCAAAGAAGAUGCAGAAAGAGCUAGCGAUAAUUGUUUCAGUUGUCAAUGCCUUGCAGCAUGAGAUGGAGUUCCUUAGAUCAAUGGAGAAAAGCUCUGAAAAGAUUCGUUAUGUUAAGAAUGAGCAAGAGGUACUGGUCGAUCUGUCUAGUUUACAGGCGUUGAGAACCGAACUGGCGGCAGCAAAGGAAGAGCUUUCCGGCCUUAAAGAAGAAGGAUUCAGGAUCAUGGAUGCGAUGGACGUGGCGAGGAAAGAAAUGAUGCAAAUUGCUGAGGAAAAGGGAAAAUGCAACAGGGCAGUGAAGGAAUCUGAAUCAAAACUAGAGAUUCUCGACACCAAGCUACACAAAGUCAUGUCCAAGAUGGAAUUUGCAUCGAAGGCCGAGAGGAGAGCUGAUGCCAUCGUCUCCUCCCUUUCUGCCGCACUCCGCCAGCUGCACUCCGAUAUAGAAGCGGCAAAGAGAGAAACAGAACUGGUGCGCGAAGAGACAAAAGCGGUAAGAGUUCAAACCCAGAAGACCAGGUCGAAGACUGCGUCAGUGGAGGAAAGGUUCGGUGAGGCAAUGGAGGAGCUCAAACAUGUGACGGCUUCAGAAACCAUUGCGCUGGAAGAGUUGCAAGCAGUCACGGAGAGCACCAUGACGGAGAGGGCGAUUUCAGCUCUGUGGAGCGACACUAUAACCAUCUCAAAAUUCGAGUACUACUAUUUGACUAAGCAGGGCAAGGCGGCGCAAGAGGUUGCGGAGAAGAAGGUGGCGGCGGCGUUGGCAUGGAAGGAGGCUCUCGAAGCGAAGGCGAAGGCGAAGGCGAAGGCGAAGGCGAAGGAGGAGGAGAAGAAGAGAGCGAAAGCAGAGGACGAGGUCAAGGGAAGGUGGGCAAUUGUGACGGUGGAUCAGAAGAGAGGGACGACAAAACCAAAAAAGAGCGGCUUGGAUUGUAACUGUAAGCAGGUGCCGGAGGAGGAAGAGUACGUGACCCGGUCGUCGCAUAACAUGAAGCUUGCCAUAGCGAUGCCGAGAAGGUCGCUUAACGUGAGCGGCAUGACCGGGAGGAUCAGCUGCCGGAGAUCGUCGAGUUCGCAGAAAAAGCAACCGAACUUCACGGAUACGACUACGAAGACCGUGGAUUCUACGAAGAAGAAGAAGAAGGAAAAGGUAUUGGAGAAGGUAGUUAGGCUCCUCAACCGUCGCAGGGGUCGUCAGAACAUCAAGGAAGCAGUCUUCCCUCCUGCGACGAAACUGCCUGUCGUGCUACCUUUCAACUACUGUGUUACUGCUUGAAGUUCUCAAUUCCAAGCGGCCGCUCAACUGUGUAUUGUGAUCUCCUUUCCACCAAAACUAAAAUAACGAUCGAUAAAAUUCGCGAUAUAAAAACCUUUCGUACGUAUUAAUAUCAUCUCCUUUGUCCAA